AUGUCCCUGGAGGACAAAGAACAACAAGACUAUGAUGUUUCUGACACUGAGACAGUCAGGUAAGGUCACUCACCUUCUGUCCAGUAAGAUUGUUGUGUGGAGAUAAGAGAGAAAAACUAAUAAGAUUCCACUUGUUAUGGGGCAGGUCAGACGUCAUUCUUGGAGUCAUUUGUAAGGCCUAUCAACCGAGCAGAUCUAUUUGAACCACUCAUUAUUUGUGGCCAUAUAUUAACUACUAAGUGAGUCUUUAACAUGAAGCCAGUGGUUAGAUCCUGCCAUUGGGAUUGCUCUGAUGCUGUUUCUAUUCUCUCCUGGCUAUGACCAUAGAGCCUUGUCCCAGCCUCCAGACCUGCCUGUCUGUGUGGUGGAUGACACCCUGCCCUCUGAAGCUGUCAAUGAGAUGGUAAGUUGUCCUUGUCAUUUCAUAUUGCAACAUUAAAUCAAUCCAAUGUUAUAUUGAUGCCGUCAUUGGCAAUGUUGAAGUGCCACAACAAUCCCUGUUGUGUUGCAGUUGUUUAAUUUGUCCAACAUUGCCAAUGCUCCUCCACUCUCUAACUAAUUAUUUCAGUAUGAUAUUUGUUUUUAUAUGUUAAAUUUGACUCUGUUGGUGCCAUUAUUUGAGACACAGAAUGUUUAUUUCUGCCAGAAGCAGAGCAGUACUGUGGAAACCACAGAAGAGGAGAGCCUCAACAGUGUGAAAAAUCUUGAGUAUUUUCCACUGAUUAUCAACUUCCUGCAGAACCUAACUGAGGAGUAUGUUCUAUUUUCUUUGUUAUCAAACCUGGAAAGCAAUAGGAUUAUAAGAAAACAGAUUCAUCAACUACAUUUCCAGUGCGAGAAAAGUUACGUCACACCACAAUUUUGUCAAAACAAUUGCCACAAAGUGAGUGUAAAAUAUUGUCUAAUCUGAUGACUCUACUGUGCAUCGUGAUACUGACCGACAUUUCUGACAAUAUUGUUUUCAGGCAAUGGAGUGCGAUUCGUGAUGGCAUUUAUGACCCGGUAAGAUGUGACAACUUAUUUACAAUACCAUGACCACUCUGUUGAAUGUUUAACCUUGUUCAUAAGCUUUUGAAAGAUGCACUAUGCAACAUUUUAAACCCUUCUUCUGUUUCUGGAAUACAGCUGACAAAACAACAGCUUGCCGGCUUGUGUCUGAGGAUCGUCCAGUUUUUAUCGGACAAGCUGAUGCAGAUCAUCAUCCCAGGCCUUUACGAACUACUGGGCAUCCAAGAUGCUGCCACCUCUCCAUUGUCACAGAGCUCUCUCACAGCAUCAGUCACCAGUCUGGAGGACGAUAAGGCUAACACCAAGUCCCGUGUGAGAUUUACUGAGGCUGGUGUACCUAAGAGGCGAGGCAGUCGAAAGUCUUCCACUAGCUUUCGCAUCCCGACUCCCUACCCUUCCUCCAACUGUAUGGAGCAAGAAGAGGAAGAACAGCAGGAAUCACAACAAUUGAAGUUCAAGGAGAUUUACCUGACUAAGGAGAUACGCAGUCUGGGCAGCGGAAGCUACUGCCCAAAACCAUUGCCCAUGCCGGCCAUGAGGUAUGUCCGUAACCAUUCUUCAAUACUGCCUUGUAUUUGUGAUUGUCCUUAAACAGUAUUUGAUGUUUAUAGCUAUUUUGAUAUUUUUUAGGUUAGAUAUUGCCAUCUACAAGCCAGUGUCAAUACAAAUUACUUAUACAAAAAAAGUACUCUACUUUAUCAUAUUAUUUUACUUUAAAACAGAAGCAUACAGGCUAGGAUCACACAAAGUUUUUUUCCUUCUCCAAACCGGCAGAAGCUUUUCUCCCAUUGUUUUCAAUGGUUCAUAUGCACUUUGAGAUUCUUUCUGUAAUGAAAAGCGCUAUAAAAGUUGAAUAAAUUAUUAUUUGUAUUAUUAGAUGUGUUUGACACACCUCCACCAGAACAACGUGCAUCACAGCCUUACAUAUUAUUUGUUUGACUGUGAUGAUUUCUGGGUUUUGUUCAAGGUCUCAAACCUCUCUGUCUGAGGUGCAGAAGAAGGCAACCAACUCUGAGCUACAAGUCAUUUUAGGUCUCUCAGAGGACACCCUCGUCACCUGUGUGCAGGACAGCCUGCAAGGGUCUCUCUCCAAACUUGCAUGCGUAUCUGAUUCUCCAUCUGGAAGCGCAGGCUCUCCGAAGAUGACCCCUGCUGUAAUGGCAGAAGUGGUUAAAGAUGUCAAGUCGGCCGUUUCAGUGGCCAUUAAGAGUGUCUCCACAAGCCAAACCUCUCUAGUGACACCUGUAAGGGGAGACUCACAGACCAAGGUGACUGAGGGCAUGGUGAGAGACCUCGCAGCUAAACUUGAAAAAGUUGACCAAGAGAGCAAGAGUCUAACAGGGCAGGUCAUGACCACCAUCUCUGACACAAUGGUGGUUUUUGUUGACGAGAACGAACAGGAUUUGCUGGGAGAUCUGAAGGACAAGAUCACAUUUUUGGCAUCGCAUGGUGGCUUCAUUGACGAUCUUGAUGCCCUGAUAAGGAAAUACGAGAGCAGCCACAAUAUUAGUGAAUCUGGAUCCUCCUGCACGCUCAUGUCUAAGAGCAUCCAAAAACUAUCCAGCCGGGAGUUUCAAACAUCAGCAAUGCAAGCAGUGAGUGGAGUUAUUUUCAAAAAAGUCAGUAGUUUGAGCUUUCCUAGUUCAGUCGUUCAGUCCGAGUUAACAGGUGCUGUAGCAAGUCAAACAUUGUCUGGCAUUGUAAAGACAGAGUCAAUUCACCCAGUGGGCUCAGCAGCUUCAGUAGUUGUUAAGGCUUUCGUGUCAGAUAUAAAGUCCUUGGCCGAGUCUGAAGAGAGUCCCCAACAGAAGAGUGGCUGGUCUGCUGCUGUUCGCAUCUACCACAGCAUCCAAAACAACUUGAAUGAUUAUUUUAGCAAGCUUCAGAGAUUUGCUCUGAAGAGCACUGUCACAUCUGAUGACAACACCACACAUGCUGAGUGUAAGGAGACAGUUCCUCUUCAAUGCCUGGACAGAAGAUAUAGGCCUAGCAAGAGUGAGCCUCAGUUACCAGAGUCCACUGGUGAAGUUACUCUACGGAGGGGCCUAAGUGAGAGCUCAAAACUUAUUUGGGCACAAACUGACUCAGAGGAAAACAAGCUCCUUCUGACAACUUGCACCAAAGAAGUCAUCUCAGAGCUUCUGGUCUUGUACAACACUGAGAUGUCAAAUGAGGACCACCCAUCCACUGUUGGAGAAAAAGGAUCAGACUUCUCUAUUGAGAGAGAACAAUUUGUAGAGGGUGUUCUGGCUCAGCUUGGGGAUAUCUCCCAUUCCAGGACCCCAUCACCAAUAGUAUGUGAGUUCCCCUCUGAAAUUGAGGACAUCAUCGGCAGCAAGGCCACAGCUUCUUUGACCAGUCUGUUAGAUUGCAUGAAGAAACUCUCAAGUGAGGAAUUCAAGAGAAACGCCACUCAAGCAGUGAGUGAGUUCCUAGUUAAAAAGUCCACUAGUAGCUUAACUAGUGCACAGCCUGCUUAUUCUGUAGUGUCCAGUUCUGGUUCCAUUCAAAACCAGUGCACAUGGUCAAAGGAUAUUUGUGCGGAUUCUGCUGCCUUUGCCAUCAUUGACACAUUUGUGGAAGACCUGCAGAACUUGGCACAACCCUCAGAGGUAGAGCAGAGAGAACCUGACCUCUUGGAAAAUGCACAAAAGCUACAGAGCAGGAUCUGGUCUGCUACCACUAGCUUAUAUAACAACAUUAAGAAGACAUUAAAGGACUUCACCAUUCACCGGCGGAGGUCAGACAUGCAGAGCAGAAUGUCCAGCCGUACACCCACAGAGGACUCUGGACAUCUUGGGACAGAGGAGUACCUAGGUUUGGCAAGCCAGGACUUGAGGCAAGCUAGAAAGAGUGUGCCUCACUUUCCCAGUUUGAACCAUGAAGUGGCUCUACACAGGGGUGUCAGUGAGAGUUCAAAACUUCUCUGGACUGAAAUAGACGAGGCGCUAAUGACCAAUAGUACCAAAGAGCUCAUUACAACAAUCUUAACCUCAUGCGAGGACGAGAUAUCAAAUGAACCUUUCUCCUCCACAGUAGGAAAGAAAAUAUCUGAUAUGUCCCUUGCGGUCAACGUGUUUGUAGGUGGUGUUCUGUCUCAGCUGAAGGACAUCUCCUUGUCAAGGUCCCCAACACCAUGUGAAGACAUGUUUGAACGUCUCCAAGAUUCUCUUGAGCGAACCUCUCCAGUAAGUCCAGGUGGCAGCACGACAACCUCCAAAGGCAUUGCAUCUUCCCAUAGUCUUUCAGCAAAGAGCCUCCAGAAACUCUCAAGUCAUGAGUUCCAAACCAAAGCUGAGAAAGGAGUGAGUGAGGUCCUCUCAUUUAACAUUGUGGAGGAAGGUAAAACAGAUAAGCACCUCCAGUCUGUAUCUACAUCCACCGUCUCUACUGAUAUUAUACAAACCAUGGUGAAAGACCUGCAGGAGCUCCACCAGAACACCCAAUCAUCUGACAUGGUAUCUGGCACCUCCCUGCUCACCACUGGACAGGUUUCUGAGAAAAGGAUCUGGUCUGUUGCUUGUAACAUCUACCACAGUCUGCAAAGUAAGAUUAAGGAGUUUCUCAGAAAAGAUCUUCAAAGAUCAGACACAACACUUGGUUCAAUCAAAAUCUUUACAUAUCAAAGCAGUUCUGCAUCACAAAGAGCUAGUCUCGGCCAUCUUGAGGUCAACCAGAGCAGUGUUACACCUGGUGGAAAAGAUGCCUGUGUGGAUAUUCCGCAUGAAUUACUACCUAAAAUCAUGUCCUCAGAAAAGGUCUUAACGACCACUGAGCUCUCAGGAUCCAUGCUGGAGGAUAUUGGCACGAUCCGCUGUAGGAGUGCUGACAGCCAAAAGACAAGAAAGACCUCUUCUUCACGCUCCUCCAUCUCUCCAACACCUACUUCAAAAUCAAGGCAGUCAGAAUGGAACUUUGCUUUACCCGGUACUCCCAUCCCCACUGAGUUGCCUGCUCAGAGUGAAUGUCCCAUUAUAAGAAACACGAUCAUUGAGAACUUCUUUCACACAGAGGACUUACUUCCCCCGCCCUUUGUGGACAAAGUCAGGCAAGUUGCUGGGGUGGUAGUGGACAAAAUGGUGGAAAGUGUUGAAAACACACAGGAAGAUGGACAGGAUGCUUCUCAUCCUGACGACCUCCGAUCUGCUGUUAGGAAAUUGAGAAGAAGAAUUUCCACUGGGACCAUCCACAUUUUCACUCAUGAAUUUGUGGAUAAAGUGAUAGCCAUUCAGGACAGCCACAGCACUCCACAGGUCCUAACAUUGGCAGCAGCCAAAAGUUCUUCUGACUCCAUUCUUUCAAGGCUGAAAUGGGGACAGGAACAAUGCGCCGUAUCCAGGAAGCUCUCCUCUCAGCUUCUCCAGAUAUUUGCUGAAGAGACAGUGAGGGGCUUCCUAAAACAGGGGUCAGAUGAGUAUGAAAAUAUUAACUUUGAUGUUUUAGUCCAGAAUGAACCAAGCACCUCUACAUGCAUUGACAUUCCUAUCCAACUCAAUCAGAGCAAGCCAGAGGAUAGUGACACAAUGAAUCAGCUCAUGAAGGCUUUGGUCAACAAAAUGAUGGACGCGUUAUCACUUGGCUCAGAUCAUCAAAUGAUCACCAAAGCCACUGCCAAAUGUUCCUUUGAUUCCGGUACUAGCAUGGCCACCAGUGACAUUGUAGAAGGGGUGUUGGAUUUGGUAAGGGAUACCACCAGCAGUACUGGAGAGCAGAUCCCCAUCUACAAGGCCAAGAAAAGCAAGAAGGCCAAGUUUUGCAAGAUAUGCUCUAACACAAAGGUACAAGUCCAUCUUUCAUGAAUAACACUGCCUUUGACUGUACGAGAUAUUAUUUGUUUAUAUAAUUCAGUCUUCUUAGCAUUGUAUUGCCUUUUUGCAAUUGAUAUACUGUACUUUUAAGAUAUAUAGAAAUGUUCAGUUAUGUGCCUUUUCCCACCAACCAGGGUUCCAAGGAAGUUAGCAAGGACCUCUGUCCCCAAGAGUCUACGGAGCACCAGCCUCAGAACACUUCCCCUGAUGUAUACUUUACAGGUAAGCCCUGCUGCUGUUUAGGUUGCUGCUCAGUCAAGACUAAGACAUUAUCACUUUACCAUUCAACUAAUUCAUUUUGGAAGGACAUUGUACUCUCCUCUGAAUUGUUACCCAUGACAUACUGCACUCACCCAUACUGGAUGGUCUUUCUUUGCAGAGUCGAUGACAGAUUCUCAUGGCUACUUGGCUCCAGAGGGAAAUUAUGACAUUGCAUCGUCCUUCCCAGUUGAAGACGAGAGUCGCAAACCCUCCCUUCUCACCAGAAUGUGUAGAGCCAUCACUAGAGGCUUCUCCAACCCAAGAAAAUACAAAUAA